AUGGCCCAUUACACCCGCCGCCACUCCCUCCCCGCCGUAUCCAUUCUACCUUCCCGACCCGACCCCGUCGCCGCCCCCGGCCCAGUCGCCACCGAACUCGCGUGGCCUUUCGGCGAGCUCGAAGGAGUCGAGGCCGAUGACAUCCGCGAGACCGCCUACGAGAUAUUCUUCACGGCCUGCCGGUCGUCGCCGGGGUUCGGAGGGAGGAACACCUUAACAUACUACUCAUCAUCUGAAGGCGGUGGGGACGGAUGGGUUUCCGGGUUCGGGUCGGGGCAGGGAUCGCCGGGGAAGUCGGGGUUGGUGGGUGUGUCGACGACCAGCAAGGUCAAGAGGUUUCUGGGGUUGAAGACGAUUAGGCGUUCAAUGUCGAAAAGGACCAUUUCAAGCCCCGGGUCAAACCCUUCGUCGCCCGUGAAGCAUGGGGUGUCGAGUCCUGGGUCGAACCCUUCUUCGCCCCGCGUAUCGAGUCCCGGGUCCAGCCCGAGAAUGGCAUGGACCACGCCGCAGGGGAGGCCAAGGAAGCCAAAGACGGCGGCUGAAAUCAUGAGGCAGCAAAUGAGGGUGUCGGAGGAGAGCGAUAACAGGCUCCGCAAAACCCUAAUGAGGACCCUCGUUGGCCAAAUGGGCAGGCGUCCGGAGACGAUAAUUUUACCUCUUGAGCUCCUCCGCCACCUGAAGAUAGCCGAAUUCAAUGAUUCCCGGGAGUACCAUGUAUGGCAACAGCGUCAGCUCAAAAUCCUUGAAGCAGGACUCAUCCUUUACCCUUCCAUCCCACUAGAAAAAUCAAACACAUUUGCUAAGCGUUUCAGGGAGAUUGCCCGGGCUUGUGAGGCGAAGGCAAUUGACACUGGAAAGAAUUCGGAGUCCAUGAAAACGCUUUGUAAUUGUGUGGUUUCAUUGUCUUGGCGAAGUCCUAAUGGUUCAACCACAGACGUGUGCCAUUGGGCUGAUGGGUUCCCACUGAAUGUGCACCUCUACAUUGCGCUACUCCACUCCAUCUUUGACCUCAAGGAGGAAUCGUUAGUCCUUGAUGAGAUUGAUGAGAUGAUGGAGCUCAUGAAGAAAACAUGGUCUACACUGGGAAUCAAUAGGUCCAUACACCAAGUGUGUUUUUCGUGGGUAUUGUUUCAGCAAUAUAUUGCAACUGGACAAGUGGAAACGGACCUCCUUUCUGCCACACUCGCUAUGUUGUCCGAAGUUGCAAAAGAUGCAAAGAGAGCAGACCAAGAGCCUAUAUAUGUCAAGAUGUUAUCAUUGGCAUUGCUUUCAAUGAAAAAUUGGUCAGAGAAGAGAUUGCUUGAUUAUCACGGGUGCUUUCAGAAAAAAACAAUUGGCAUAAUGGAAAACCUUCUUCCUUUGGUUUUUUCGGCCACAAAGAUAUUGGAAGAAGAUGUUUCUGGCGUUGGAGCAGCAGAGCUUGAGAAAGGGGAAGUAGUGGCCGAAACUACAGGAUGUAGGGUGGACCAGUAUAUCAGAUCAUCACUGAGGAAUGCAUUCACAAAGAUGCUAGAAAAUGGAAAUAUCAGCGGUAUGCUUGUUGAAGUCCCAGAAGUGAACGAAGCCCUUCUUCAGUUGGCUAAAGACACUGAAGUUUUGGCCUUGAAGGAGAAGGAAAUAUUUAGUUCGGUGCUCAGGAAAUGGCACCCAAUAGCAGCUGGGGUUGCAGCCGCGACUCUACAUACCUGCUAUGGGACAUUGUUGAAGCAAUACUUAGCUGGGGUGACCUCCCUCACAAAUGAGACUAUCAUGGUAUUGCAGAGAGCCGGAAAGCUGGAAAAGAUUUUGGUUCAGAUGGUGGUUGAAGACACCGUUGAAUGUGAAGAUGGAGGCAAAACUAUUGUGAGGGAGAUGGUUCCAUAUGAAGUUGAUUUGAUCAUUCUAAACAUCCUGAAACAAUGGAUUCAAGAGAGAUUGAAAAAAGGGAAAGAAUGUCUUCAAAGAGAGAAAGAAACCGAAACAUGGAACCCAAAGUCCAAAACUGAGCCAUAUGCACAAUCAGCUGUGGAGCUAAUGAAAUAUGUGAAGGAAAUUGUGGACGACUUAUUUGAAAUUUCAGAUGGCAUUUCGGAUGAGUUAGUUUGUGAUCUUGCUGAUGGCAUAGAGCAUUUAAUCCGAGACUACACUACCUUCGUUGCAUCAUGUGGAUCAAAACAGAGCUAUGUCCCUGCACUUCCUCCUCUAACACGAUGCAACCGAGACUCAAGGUUUAUCAAAUUGUGGAAAAAAGCUAGCCCCUGCAAAGUCACCGUCAACUUGGAUGAUUCGCAUCAACUUCUAUUUAACGACGGUCAGCAACAACGCCCAUCAACUAGCCGAGGAACACAACGCCUGUACAUCCGCCUAAACACCUUGUAUUAUCUUUUAUCUCAGCUCCAUAGCCUUGACAAAACUCUUUCCCUCUCCCCUCAUAUCAUUCAAUCACCCAGCGGCCGCUUCAGUAACAACCACGGACAACUUGGCAGUUACUAUUCCUACUUUGAUCAUGCCCGUUUGGCUAUUCAAGAAUCCUCCCAACAUGUAUCAGAAGUUGCUGCCUACCGUCUCAUCUUCCUGGACUCGAACCCUGUAUUUUACGAAGGUCUAUAUGUUGGUGAUGUAGAAAAUGCACGUAUUAAACCAGCUUUACAAAUCUUGAAGCAGAAUCUUACUCUUUUAAGUGCGAUUGUCACUGACCGGGCUCAACCAUUGGCGAUGAAAGAAGUUAUGAAGGCUUCUUUUGAGGCCUAUCUCAUGAUUUUGCUAGCUGGGGGAAGCUCCCGAAUGUUUUGUAGGUCAGAUCACGAGAUGAUUGAAGAGGAUUUUGACAGUUUGAAGCAGGUUUUUAGCAAGUGUGGUGAAGGUUUGAUACCUGAGGAUGUAAUGGAGCGAGAAGUGGAUACAGUGGAAGGUGUGGUGGCAUUGAUGGGUCAGCCUACUGAACAGCUGGUGGAAGAUUUCAGCAUUGUGGUUUGUGAAGCGAGCGGAAUGGGUACCAUAGGUGCAGGACAAAAACUGCCUAUGCCGCCAACGACAGGAAGAUGGAACAGAUCAGACCCCAAUACGAUAUUGAGGGUACUGUGCCAUAGGAAUGAUCGACUAGCAAAUCAGUUCUUGAAGAGGACAUUCCAACUAGCAAAGAGGCGGUAAUGAAGAUGGAUUUACAUGUACAGUUAGAGCAAAAAAAAUUACGUUUUUUUUUAGGAAAAUCUGAUAUUGGAUUCAAGCUGUGUGAACGAAAUGUAAUGUAUUGUAUUAG